AAAAGGAAAAAAAAAAAAUUGCUCAGGAAAAAAGAGUUGAUGUUUUCGUAUCAGAUCUCAAGAAAGACUCUUGUUCUCCCUUUGUAUUUAUAGAAAGCACCAACAGAAAUAAUGGAAUAAAAUUGCGGGUUUGUUUUUUUCUUUAUUUAGAUGUCUUUUAUGGUUCAUCUGUUUUUGUCUUGUAAUCUUCUUGAAUCUAAUUAAACCCCCGUUUUCUUGGCUCCCAUUUCAUCCUAUUCCUUUUGGGAUCUUGUUGUUUCCUUCCUAUUUUAACCCAUCUAUCUUUCAUACAUAUGUAUCUAUUGACAAAUGUAGGUAGGAUUUAAUAUCGAUUAUUAUUAGGUUUCUCUUUUGUCUUAUUCCUCUGUUUGUUAUGGUUUCCUUGAUUCUACAUUAUUGUUCUCAGUAUUCUGCAUUCCUUCUGUCCCAUUCCUUCUGUCCCAUUUCUUCUGUCCCAUUUGAUAUAUUUUUUCCAUCAUAACGUUCAAGAUUAAACCUUUAGCCCAUGUUCGUUCUUUUAAAUGAGAAAAGGGUUGUUCUUGGAAUAGGAAAUGGGAUUAAUUUAGGCAAGUUUUAGUGAUUCUUUGGGAGUUGUGGCUUGUAAAUGGCAGAAGAGAGAAGUAGUAUUAGUAGUCUGCAGCAGAAAGUGUUGUUAGCUGUAUUCUUGAAUUGAAAUGGGGCUAAUAUCUCAGAAAUCAUUUUUUUGUUUGUUCUUGAUAACUUCUGUGCUGUUCAUAUUAUCUUGGUUCUCUGUCUUGCGCUUGAGUGGACGGACUCAUUCUUUAGACCUUAGUAUAUGGCAAAGCCCCAGUGAUCUUGCUGUGCCAGAUGAUAAUGACGAGAAUUCGGAAUCCCGAUAUGGUGAUAAUUUUGAAGAAGUCAGCAGUUCUAACAAGGAUGUCAUAAAAUGCAGUUCUAACAGGGAAGAAGUCUUGAAGGUUUUUAUGUAUGAUUUACCUUCGGAGUUUCAUUUUGACCUUUUGGGUUGGAAAGAUAAAGGCAACAAAAGUGUUUGGCCAGAUAUUAGGAUUAAUAUACCUGAAUACCCUGGAGGAUUGAACUUGCAACAUAGUAUAGAGUAUUGGUUGACAUUAGAUCUUUUAUAUUCUGAAUUUGUAAGCAAAGAUUUGAGUGGCAGAAGUGCAGUAAGAGUCAGAAAUUCUAGUGAAGCUGAUGUUGUGUUUGUUCCAUUUUUUUCAUCUAUCUGCUACAACCGGUUUUCAAGGUUGAAACCACAUGAAAAGAAGACUCGCAAUACCUUGCUUCAGCAAAAAUUGGUUACCUAUGUAACGUCUCAGAAGGAAUGGCAAAAAUCUGGGGGUAUUGACCAUAUAGUUGUUGCACACCAUCCUAAUAGCCUUUUGGACGCCAGAUCACAGCUUUGGCCAGCAAUGUUCAUCCUUUCAGAUUUCGGAAGGUAUCCACCAACCAUUGCAAAUGUUGACAAAGAUGUAAUUGCACCUUACAAACAUGUAAUUAGAAGUUUUGUCAAUGACUCAUCUGAAUUUGAUACCCGUCCAACUUUGCUCUAUUUCCAGGGAGCUAUAUACAGAAAAGAUGGUGGAAUUGUUCGUCAAGAGUUAUUUUACAUGCUGAAAGAUGAGAAAGAUGUGCAUUUCUCAUUUGGAAGUGUCCAGAAAGAUGGUAUCAAGAGUGCUACCCAGGGUAUGCACUCCUCUAAAUUCUGCCUCAAUAUAGCAGGUGACACUCCCUCAUCAAACCGUCUCUUUGAUGCUAUUGCUAGUCACUGUGUUCCAGUGAUCAUUAGUGAUGAUAUAGAGCUUCCUUAUGAAGACGUUUUGGACUAUUCAGAGUUCUCUAUCUUCAUUCGGACAUCAGAUGCUCUCAAGGAAAAAUUUGUUAUAAAUCUUACAAGGAGCAUCAGAAAAGAUGAGUGGACCAGAAUGUGGAAAAGGCUUAAAGAGGUUGAGAGUUUCUUUGAGUAUCAGUUCCCAUCUAGGGCGAAUGAUGCAGUCCAAAUGAUAUGGCAGGCCAUUGCAAGAAAGGUUCCUGCUAUCAAGAUGAAGUUGCACAAAGGCAAAAGAUAUUCUCGAACUCAUGCACCUCGAGAAGGAUGGCUUAAUUCAAUAAAUUUACCAAAUAAUUUUUGGUGAGGAUUCACUGUUUCAAAUUUGCUGUAUGGCCUCGCUUGCUGCAAAAAGCAUAUUUGGGAUUGGAAGCGCAUCAAUGUUGCAAAUUUCAAGAUAGAAGGCCUUUUGUGGGCGAUAGUGUAGCAUAGCAAUGGGAUUGUUCUUGGGGGAUAACACACACACACACACACACAGAGGAUAACCAUAUUAAAAAUUAUCAUAGAUUAGACAGACCUUGUGAAUUAGUUCAUUAUGUAUUAUUUGUUUGGAUCCUGAGAGAAUUGCAAUUCUUGUUCUGAAUCUUCAUUUAAAGAAAUACCAAUAGAAAAGGAGUAAAUGAAGAUUCUCUCAA